AUGGACGUGACAUCACUACUGAACGCAGCGGCGGGAAAAAAGCCCCUUAUUCGGGACAACUCUGAAAACACCACUACCUCUUCCGUACUUGUCUUUGACGGCCAGAAACAGCAACAGCAACAUCACAACACGACAUCGUCCCCUGAGAAGACAGCUUCCUCCAGGCGGACAAGCGACGCUAGAGCAUCGAGGAACCGCACGCCAUGGGAUGCGGGCGGUUAUUCUCUUCCACUAGCUCUUGACACGAAACUCUCCAUUACCCAUUCCAAGCCUACCGCCUACUACGGCGAAUCCGACGUGGACCAGACGGCCUCGUCGAGUUCCUACGACAUCCCCUCUUCGAGCUGCCAUUCGAGGGCCAGCUCUCUCAGCUCUCUAGCACACGAGAUGGCGCAUUCCGCCAAUAUUACCCCGAUGACGAGCUCACAUCACGGCCGGCCCAGCAUAUCGGGCGACUCGGAUGCUCAAUUAACGGCCAGGCCAAACUUGCCGCGUGAAGAUGAUGGCCAGCAACAUGUCACGGGAGGAUUCCCCAAGUCCCCCAAGCACAAGUUCUCAGACAGCCACAGCAGCUUGUCUUCGUACACCUCGUCCAACCAGUCCGGGGGCCAUUCCAGGAUAUCCUCCUUGUCUACCGUCAGCGGUAUUCAGCCCUUCACCUCGCUGCUUAACGAGGUCCCGGCGUUCGACGCCAAGCUGGCGGACCAGCAGCAGAACAUGCCCGGCCCGGGCGUGGUCGACAUCCAGCCGCCGUCGCCGAGGACGAUGGCGCAUCAUGAGCUGGCGCUGGAUCCCGCGAUGAAGGGGCCGGGGAGGCCGGGGAGCCCGUCAGACGCGAUACUGAUAACCCGGGGUAUGGGCGGUAGUAACCGAUCCAGUCCAACGGACGGUCUGAGCCCUCACUCAAAGCAACAACAAGACAACCUCAAUUAUCUUUCUCUUCCCCAGGAUAACUCCCACCCAAGGACUCACAAGCGAACUGUUUCCGCUCCGGACUUCGCCGCCAUCUCCGCACCUACCUUCCAACCCUUCCCUUCGGUGUCAGAAACAGCACCCUUCCCUCCGCAACAGCAAUCCUACGGCAUGUCUCCCCCCCAGUCUCCCCCGGCCGCGGCCGCCAACGACGAGAUUAAGUGUAUGUACAUCGAGAACUGCGACACUGGAUCCCAGCCGCGCAAGGCCAUUUCCCACAUCUUUGGCCGCAACAAGCUCUGCACCCGCAUGAUCCCCGCCCACGUCUGGGUUCACUUCUGCCGAAAGCACUACCAGCGCAGUCGUUACCGCAACGCCCACGAGUACUCGAAGCUCCAGGUCGACCUCGUGCAGAAGCAGAUCGCCCGGGUUCAGCAGUGGAGCGACGAGAACGACCGCGCCGGCAAGGCAGGCGUGGUCAACAGCUGGUCGCUCGCCAUCCGCAAGCGCGAGCAGAAGAGGUUGGAGGACAAGAAGGAGUCCAAGAAGCGCUCUUACCAGGACGACUCGGAGGACGAGCAGCUUGACGGUGCUAUGCUCAACGGCACUGCUGUCCCCGAGUGGCUCCUCAACAAGUGCGGUGCCGGCUACACCACGGUUGCCAUCCAGGAGAUUGUCGCCCAGUUGAAGACGGAGAUCGACAAUGGCGGCCUCAGUCAGAUCCCCGAUAUCGAGAUCCUCCCCACCAUAAGCAGCGACGGCCCUGACGAGAAGCCCAAGACGUACCUCAAGCGCAAGACGAGCGGCGGCGCGGCACAUAAGCGCUCGCAGUCGAUGGGCGUCGCCCUGCGACCCGAGGCUCUCCCCAUGACCAGACGUGUUAGCCAGCCCAACGCAUACUGGGGCCAAGAAGGUUUCGACGCCACCUCUUUUGAGAAGCGCCAGCGCAUGACUGACAUGGAAGCUGGCUUUUAUGGAGAUCGCAACGCCAUCCCCGGCAUGGCCAGAGUCCCCUCGGGCAUGCGCCGCAUGAACAUCCCCCACCGUCCCGCCUUUGGCAACAUCCGCGAGAACCACCCCGAGGAGGACUACUAUCGUCAGCCUCAGAUGGCCUCCGGCCCCUUCGUCUUCGGGGCCGGCGGUCCCCAGGGCGGUCCCCUCCCCGCGCCCACUCCCCAGCGUCGCGGCAGCAAGUCCAUGGCUUCUCAUCUCGAGACCUCGACCACCAUGCCCACCUACCCCGAUCCACGUCGCGCCUUCCACCAACGAUCCCAGAGCGAGAUGACCGGCUUCCACCAGGGACAGGCUCCCACCUACCGGCCCAACUCAUCUUCGGGCUUCGGCCCUUACGGAUACGGCCCCAGCCCCGUCGAGCAGCCGCAGGACCAGUACAAUGGCGCCUACGCCCGUCCUCAUGACAACCCUUUCGCCCAGGCCGCUCAGCCGAACUACUACGAGGACCCCCAGCGACAGUACUCUUACGGCGCUCCUUCGUUUCAGCCCAACCCGACACCUCGUCUAGGACCUAGUGGCCCCAACAGACACGCUCGUCACCAGAGCACCCCGAACGCGCCUGGUGCUAUGAACCGCGCUCCUUCCGCGCACGGCUUUGCAGUUGGCACGGGCAUGGCUCCGCGUCACGACCAGCAGCAGGGCUAUGACCGACCUCCCUCGGAGCAGUCGCGUCACUCUUCGUAUGCCACUCCGCCCAUGCAGUCGAUGCAGCCCAUGCAACCUAUGCAGCCCAUGCAGCCCAUGCAGCCCAUGCCGGAUGGCACCCGUCAUUGA